GUGUGGUGCGGCCCAGCCUUCGGUGGCAUGACCAGCAUUCUGAAGAACCAGGCCAACCCCACCUGGCCCGGUGAAUUCAACUUCCUAGACAUCAUCCACAAGUCUGUCCUGAAGCUGGAGGUGUGGGAUCAGGACGCCGGACCAGACAACCGCCUCGGAACCUGCACCACCACUGUCUACCCAGGAACACACACUGAGACCUGCCACCUGAAGAAAGGCACCGUCUACUACACAUACAGCUACAAGAAGGAACAGGAGCAAUAGAAUGAUGAUUCGAUUGUAACCUAUGACCUUUGUGACRUCGUGUCUGAUUGGUUCUCUCAUCAUGUCACCCAUAUAUUCUCUUCCUUAUAGCAUCAAUAAAUAAACUUGUUCUCAGUCUGGCUUUA